AUGCCCAACUAUGUGAAGUUUUUUAAGGAUAUUUUAACUAAAAAGAGGAGGCUUGGUGAAUUUGAAAUGGUGGCGUUGACUGAAGGGUGUAGUGCUAUAUUGAAGAGUAAAAUUCCUCCUAAAUUGAAGGAUCCGGGCAGCUUCACAAUUCCUUGUUCUAUUGGUGGUAGAGAUGUUGGUAGAGCACUUUGUGACUUGGGGGAUAGUAUCAAUUUGAUGCCCAUGUCAAUUUUCAAGAAGUUGGGGAUUGGAGAAGCAAGACCAACCACAUUCACUUUGCAAUUAACGGAUCAUUCUAUGGCACACCCGGAAGGAAAAAUUGAAGAUCGAAUAGAGAUGUUCCAAUUAUCUUAG